AUGACAGUUACUGCUGAGGUCUGCUGCGCUCAUCUGCAAACACUGGCCGACAAGAUCCGCAAGGAGCACCCGAAGCUCGACAACGUUCGCCUGCUGCAUGAUAACGCGCAUCGCGAAGAAAACUUCUCAGAAAAUUCUGGAGCUCGGAUAGGAAGAUCUAUCGUACCCACCGUACAGCCCGGACCUGGCCCCGAGCGACUACCACCUCUUCCGAUCACUUCAGGAUCACCUGGAAGAGAAGCGCUACAAUGA